UGGCGGCAGUUUUUAAAACUAAUAGUGUAUACAAAGUAACCUAUAAAAUAAUAAUUAUUUUUUUAUUUAAUUAAUUAAUGAGUUAUUAGUUUUGACUGAACAUUUAAUGAAGCGCAAUCAUGUCAAUAAGUACAUCUUUUCAUAAAAAUGUAUCACUGCUUAUCCAAGCCGUUCCACCAAGUUAUGACUUCAAAAAGCAUUAUCGAGAAGGAAUGUUUGAGAAGCCAAACACAAUAGGAUUUAUAAAUGUAUCACAUUACCUUUUGUCAAUUUAUGAUCCUGAAAAUAUAAAGAAGAUGAUAGAAUGGCCUGUUGUUUGUAAAAAAUCCGAAGCAAAAUAUCGAAAUGAUGUUAAGGAAUUUUUAAUUUUAAUUGCAAAUGAUAAUCCAGAUAUUGGCUUCCCUUCUAUUGUUCCUUCUCUUUUGCUUAGUCCAGGAGGAACAAAAUUUAUAAAAGUCAUGUGGAAAUUAUCUCAAGUGGCAUUGAGACAAUAUAUUAAAAGACAAAGCGAUCAUGAAACUUUAUUUACUCCGAAAAAAGGAGCUGCGGAGGAAUUAACUGAAAAUUUAAUCAACAAUAUUAUAUAUGAUAUAAAUGACAGUAAUAUGCAAAUUCAUGAGAAUUUAUUAAAAGAAGAAGUAAAAGCCCGAGAAUAUACAGAACAACUAAACGUAGAAAUAAAAAAAACACAAAAAGAUAUUUUUGAGCAAUUAGAAAUUGUGUCAUCAUUAGCAACUGAAGCUCCUGUUCAUCCGUCUUUUCAAAAAAGAUUAUUAGAUAUUGAUGAUGAAGAAAUUAUUCAAAUGUGGAAAAAUGAUUUAAAACAAAAUUUAGACUACUGUAAAAAGAAAAUAGAAAUACUAAAAAAAAUAGAAGAAGUCAGUAAAAUUGUAUUCACCAUGGCAUCAAAUAUCAUUAGUGACACAACAGUUCUUAAUACAAAUUUUCUUCCAAGAGUUCAUGUUAAUACAAUUUCAGAAUUACCAUUGGCUAAAAUUAAAUUUCUUUCACAGAACGUUUAUACAAAUGGCAAUUUAAAUUUAAAUAAUUAUUUUCUUCUAUUUAAUGCAAUUAUUGAAUAUUUUGGUACACACAUUAAAAAUAAUGGUUUUCUUGAUUUUUACAAUUGCUUCUCACAAUUAGAAGCCAGUAGUUCUGAUUUAAAAAUAAUGAAAGAAUAUUUUUGUGAAUUACACGAAAAAGUAGUUGAUUUUUCAUCACACAUGCAACAAAAACAAGAAGUUUCAACUGAUAUUCAUGAUAUUGGCAAUGAAUCAUUAAUUGCGUGUUCUAAUUUGAAAAAUGUCAUGUUCAUGCCAUCACCGCCAAUACAAUUUAAUUCCAAUAAUGAAAGAAAUGAAAUGCACAAUAGAUUAAAACUCACUCCCGUCGAAGGAGUUCAUAAACAAUUAUUUGUAAGAUACAAUAAAAAUAAGGACAAUUCAAUGAUGAAUGCGUCAAAAUUAAGACAGAAUUUAGUAAUAACAAGAAUCAAUUUUGACGAUACGAUAUCAUCCGAUAUUGACAGAUCGCCUUGUAGACGUUUUGUUCCACCUAAAACAAUUUGGUCCAACUCAGCUAAACCUAUGGGGAAAUAUUCCCGUCUAUUCUCCAGUCGUUCAUCUCAAUCGGCUAAUAAAACUGCUAAUUGUAGUUUAUUGUCCAUUCCCUCAAAUUCAAAAGCUAAUUCAACUGCCAUGAAUAUUAUCGGCGAAGUCAGUAGCGCCGAAUUGACAAUUGAUCUUACAAUGAUAGAAAAGAAAAGUACGCCUAAGAGGACAAAUAAAUUUUUUGAUAUUCCUGAAAUUAUAGUAAAAUCAGAAUUGGAAAUAACAGCACAAAAACCAUGUAGUCCAAUUAGAUUAAAUUCAGAAGUAGAUAUAACAUCUCAUAAACCGUGUAGUCCACUUACAUCACCAGUGAGAAAUGACACGCAAAAAGGAAGAAGACGCUCUAUCAAUGAUCUAGUAGAACGUUAUAGAAAAUUGAUGCAAAAAUCAGAAACAAACGCUCAAUUAAAUUCUGUCCUCGACGCAAAUGAGGAAUCUUGAAAAAGAAUAAAUUUCAAUCAUAAUGGUAUGAUUUACAGUUAUAAUUUAAUUAGAAUUCAAUAAUUUUAACAAUGACUUUUAAGUCAUAAGUCUUGUAAAUAAAAAAAAAACUAUUGCAACUUUUCUUCAAACAAAUAAAAGUUGCGUGUUUAUUUUUUGCUUUUUAAACAAACUAGACUGAUAUUUGUAAUAUUUUCAUAAAAUGUAUAUAUAAAUUAGAAUUUUGGAAAAAUAUAUUCAACGUAUCAAGAAUAAAUCUGUAAACCAGAGAUAAAUUAUUUA